AUGGAUAUCGACGUUAGGCCCAAUGCCAGAGUCAGGUAUCUGGGUGAAACCCGUUACAUGUGCCCAGAACAACACGCUGUUCUCGAGUUCGUCGCUGAAACAAUUGUGAAGGUUGCCCAGGAAGCUGUCGAUACUGGAGUGCCCUAUAUAGAAGACCCGUUGACGGCCAGACUGUUCCUUGACAAAUACCGCCUUCUGGCCGAGAUGGAUUCUGACCCAGCCCGCAUCACUGAGGAUUGCCCAGUCGUUCCCCCGACCAAUGACCGUAUGACAAUGGAGAUUGGCGACAGUGAGCAGGGUGAAAGCUCAAUGCCUCAGGGUUUGUCUCAUGGAGGUACCAACAGGAGCUCUGGAACUAAUAACCCGACGGAUCAAAGUGCAUUCAACCAUCCUAGAGAAUAUGGGAUAAGCAUCCGCGGUAGGGCCGCCGGACAUUCCUUUGGCCGCGAGAGAAACGUCAACUCUUUCUCUGCCGAGCCAGCGCAUUCAGCCGGAAUUCCCACUAGGUAUCAAGAAGAGCCUAGACGGGGAGGUGAAUAA